GAUGUAGAGAGAGAGGAAAAAAAAGAAAAGAGUUAGUGAAUUGAAUGAAUGGAAACCUUGUGGUUGUGACCGUGCAGGUUGUAGCAGUCUGUCCACCUCCUCUUAGCUUAGCUAGAUAGAGGUGGAGUGCAAAUAUGAACAUAAACCUCAACAAUGGAAGUGUCUUCUGACAAGUCAAGAAGUUUCAUCCUCACCAUAUCCCAACUGCAUUCUUCUUCUUAUUAAGUUGUGCUAGCUUUUUCAAACAUUCCUAGCUAAUUCCAAAAUUUUCAUUACAUCAAUGGAAACUCCGGGUUCAACUCGCAAUAAGUCAGAUGACGCUCAUUCUCAUCAUCACCGGUACCACCACCACCACCACCAAUACUUACAUUCACCACCGCAACAAGUAAACAACAGCCACGGGUUACAUGCUUUGAAUUUUAUCAUCAUCCUUUCACUUAUCUCAAUUUUCCUGCUUUUCGCCGUUGUAUUGGUCAUAUUUUUACUUCGCAAAGUGAAAUCUACUGAGAAUGAAGAUAUCAUAAACAAGAACACGGAGGAAAGACUUCGGAAGAUCAGUACUGAUAGUACUUCAAUACUUUUUGGUGCUAGCCCAGAUGUGAAGAACAAAUGCUUUUAUGGAGGUGCUUUGAGUAAGAUACCGUCGAGUACUAGACUUGCAGGAGUUCAAGUAUUCACAUACAGGGAGAUUGAAGUGGCAACAAAUUCAUUCUGUGAAGAAAAUAUUAUUGGAAAUGGUAGAUUUGGAGUUGUUUAUAAAGGAAUCUUGAGUGAUGGUUCGGUUGUCGCGGUUAAGAAGCUAAACGUAGAGGGGAAACAAGGCGGUGACCGCGAAUUCAGAUUUCAGGUAGAUCUAUUCAGCAAGUUACAUUCUACGUACAUUGUUGAGUUGUUAGGCUACUGUGCUGACCAGAACCACAGGGUUCUUGUUUUCGAGUUCAUAUCGAACGGAAGCCUCCAAGAACACCUCCAUUCAUCAAACAAGCUGCACCAACCUUUAAAUUGGGGAACUCGGUUAAGAAUUGCCUUGGAUUGCGCUAGAGCUCUCGAGUUUCUCCACGAGUAUGCAGUUCCAUCAAUUAUCCACCGCGAUUUCAAAUGCAGCAACAUUGUAUUAGAUCAUAAUUGCAGAGCCAAAGUGUCAGAUUUGGGCUUGGCCAAGACAGUUUCUGGGAAAAUUAAUGGGGAAAUACUGAUGCAAGUGUCAGGGACGAAUACCGGGUACUUGGCACCUGAGUACACAUCAACAGGACAGCUGAGUACAAAAUCAGAUGUUUACAGUUACGGAGUUGUACUUCUGGAGCUAAUAACAGGCCGCAAACCCAUUGAUACCAACUGCCCUCCCGGAGAACACAUCCUCGUUUCAUGGGCGCUUCCGAGGUUAACAAACAGAGAAAAGGUUGUCGAAAUGGUGGAUCCAGCUCUACAAGGACAAUUUUCAAAGAAGGAGCUUAUUCAGAUAGCUGCCAUUGCGGCCGUAUGCGUGCAACAAGAAGCAGAUUACCGGCCUCUUAUGACAGACGUUGUGCAGUCUCUCAUCCCACUAGUAAAGAAUCACUCCACAUCUUUCCCCUCCAAUAGAUUUCACAGUCGAACCGUUAGCCCGAGUUCUUGAAACAAUAAAAUGCAGAAGGCAGUAUAGCACCAACAACCGCGGGGUUUUCUCCCUAGAAAACAUAAGAGAUGGCAGUAAAACACUUGAGCAUUUAGGAGUCAGAAAGUGGUUUUGAGAAGACAAAAGCAAGUACUGCUAUUGAACCACAACAGCCAGAUUUAGUGAUGGAUUGAUUCCAGGCAAAUUUCCCUUGUAACAUACUGCACUAUGAGCUUCUUUCGAUGUGAUAUAAAGUUGAAUAAAUGGUUUCAAA